ACGGAUCCUUUGAAGAGCUCCUCACCAUCCAGUCAGCUGGAUCAGGUUUUUGACAGCCUAAAUGUGAGGGGAAAUAACUCCGCGGUGCUUAUAUCAGAGACUUCGCUGGUGUGGAUGGACAGGUCAGAAGUGCAUAUGCAACACUGUAGGAGCACUGUUGGAUUUAUUUACCGCAUCCAUCUGGGAUUAUCUGCCUCAAGAAUCCGUUUCUUGAUCGGAUGAAAUGAAAAGGAGAAUGUAUGGAAUAAACAAGCGCUGUAUUUACAUAUCAUUUCAUAUUUUCGUGCUUUGGUGCCACGCUCAGGGGGAGAAUCACCCGUCUCCUAAUUUUAACCAGUAUGUGAGGACGCAGGGCGCAGUGACCGACCAGCUCAGCCGCAGACAGAUCAGGGUGUACCAGCUCUACAGCCGCACCAGCGGGAAACACGUCCAGAUUCAGGGCAAAAGGGUCACCGCUACAGCUGAGGAUGGAAAUGUGUACGCUCGCCUGUUUGUUGAGACAGAUACCUUUGGCAGUCGAGUGAGGAUAAGAGGUGCAGAAAGUGGGCGCUACCUCUGCAUGAACAGGAAGGGUAAACUCAUUGGAAAGCCCAAUGGCCGGAGCAGGGAUUGUAUCUUCACAGAGAUAGUACUGGAGAACAAUUACACGGCGUUCCAGAAUGCCAAAUAUGGGGGCUGGUAUGUGGCUUUCACCAGGAAAGGGAGGCCCAUUAAAGCCACCAGGACGAGGGAGAACCAGAGAGAGGUCCAUUUCAUCAAGAGGCUACACACGGGCCCGCCUCCCUUCCCCAACACAGACCAAAGCAAACACUUUGAGUUCAUUCGAUUUCCGUCCACAAGUAGAGCAAAGCGGAACAGGAAAUCACGUACCUCUUCCUAACAUGCAGAAAAGAAAUGUACGGAUGCCAGCUGUGAUAUAGGAAGAAGAUGCAAUUUGCAACAGAUGCAAUUUGCAACAGAUGCAAUUUUAUUUUUGUAUAUUUUUGAUAGGUAGAAAAUUGUUAAAAUGCCAUAAAUCUAAAGUAAUAUUGCUGUAAAAUGAUCAUGUGUAAAUACUGAAAGAGAGUAAAGCAGAUGGAUUAUAUUUAAUCGUCCUGUGUGUAUGUGUUGACUGGUGGGGAGCUGUGAAGGAU